AUGCAGAAGCAACGAUGGGCCUCCCAGGCAGGAGGAGACAGGGCUCUGCCGAUCCAUAUCCUCGUGGUAGACGCGGACUACGAGCACUCGCUCCCGCCGCCCUCCGCCGGCUUGACGCCAUUCCCGGAGGAUCACGAUUACGGCAGCGAUAAAGGGACAACUUCUGCAUUCCAUGGCAUGUGGCUGCACCCCGAUAACCAGACUCUCGGCACCGGCGCAUUCACGAUCGCUGAUUACGGGGGCGGAGACGACGCCGAGGCCGAAAAUGCAGAAGAGGACUCCAGCUUGGACGUCCCGUCUGAGGAACCAGAGCUGGGCUCGUAUUACGAUGUCCCAGCUGACGACGAGGAGCAGUCCCUGCCAAGCGGGCAGCUAAAGCCUCCCCUCGAAGGCUGGGCCUACAGAGGAGAUCUCCACAGCGUUAGCGGGACCCCGCCAGAUACUGGAAAGCUCUUGAGAGUAUCUCGCGACGAUCUCCAGUCGGAAGGCGCCAUUUUCGAUCACUACAAUGACGAGGUCGAGGGCACGAGCGAGCCCGAAUCCCAGUACGACAACGACCCUCUCGACGCGUACCAUGGAGAACACGCGUCAGGGAAGGGCUACAAGCCUGUGUCUAGAGAAGCCCCAUCCGGGCCAACCUCCCCGAAGCGUGGACACGGGCCCCUAACAGACCGGUCAGCUUCGAUCGAUGGUCUGGAGGCAGAGCCCGACGGCGCCGUCGUCUUGGACGCCAAGUCCGACCCCCCGAGAGCAGACGAGUCCGGCUCAGAGGUAGAUUUCCCGCUCGACAAUGGCGUCCUCACUCCCGACCCCCAAGAGUUUCCCUUCAGCGAACUCCCUUCUCCCAGCCUCUACAUCGGCCUGCACAACGAGCCCCUGUCCAAGGCAUUGAUUCAAAACCCAUUCCCAACUGAAGCAAACCGGAACCAAAACACGAAGUCCUUGGAACAUGAAAGAGCCAACCAUGCGCAAGGGGUAAAUGACAAUUCCAUUCAUGCCCACAACGACGAUAAACAUUCCACCAGCCAUGCCCACUUCACGACUAUGCGCAACUCCUCCGCGCCCCUCGAUACCUCCGCUCGGAGGGUGGAGUCUGCCUCCGGGAGCCUACAUGACACGUCCUGUGGGGACAGUGAUGGCUCUCAAGUCGGCAAUGAAGAUUUGAAAGAGGAAGAGGGGAUCGACGGGAAAGCAGUUGGUCAGUUUGAUGAGGCCGAGGUCGACAAGGACUCGAAACCUGCGAUGGAAAGUCACAUGCUGCUUGGCGGCGAGCGAGCCUCCACCAGCAAGCCCCUUCCCAAGAGCGAAGCGGAAUCGUGUCUCAGGGGCGCGAAGAGGUUGCUUUCAGUGCACGAUGGGCUGCCGUUGGAGGGCGAACCCGACGUCCUGUUCGGAGGUGACCGGGCAAUUCUUCCUGAAGCGUGUGCGCGACCUCACGGAGGCGAACAUCGUCUCAGCCCCGAGAACGGCGAUGAAAUUCUCUUGGAGGGAGAGCUAGAGUUGCUUUUCGGGUAUCAAGAACCUGAUUCCAACUCCGCCGACUCAGCACCCCUUGAAGGUGGAUUUGAUCAUCAGCGAACACUUACCGAGCCUGAGUCACCGGAGGCUGAGCUAGUCGGAGCCGAAGAUUCGGCGGAAAGCGUCGCUCGGGGAAGCAAGAGAGGACUCGAUCAAGGGGUGCAAAUUGACGACGUGGGGCACAAGGGACAUCCAGAUGAAGGCGUACUUGGCAAGCCACUGUCCACAGAGACGUCCACGGAAGAAGCCCAAUCUGAUGGAACACCGGCGCUUGGACAGUCGCAGACCUUCGACGAACUUACGCCGAUGGAUCGCUCAACUCACCUUGAUCAGCAGAAUUCGGGCCAACCAGGACAGGGAUCCGGUGGACUAUCCCCAGUUGCUGGCCCUUUCACCCCACGGUCGACGGCCCUGGGAGUCACCUCGGCAUUUGACGUCUACUCCGAGUCUGAACCCGAAACCGAAGUUGUCGUGCAUAUGGAAGAUGCACGCGAUGAGAUGUCUGAUGCGACACCCGGUCAUCAAGAAGCAGCCCGUGUCGACAGCGGUAUCCUCGACCCUAGUGCGGGCCAUGUUCAGCCGGACGACGCAGAAUCGUCACGCAAACUCUCCGUGGGAGAUAGCUUACAGGGUCCUUCCUCCGACAGCGGACUCUCAGAAAGCGGAGGGGAGAGCUUCAAGCAGCAGGACGACCAGGUCUCUCGCCCGGAAGGUGGGCAGAAUUUUGACGAGUCCCGUUUCAACCUGGGAUCUCAAAACCGGUCUCCCGGGCCUGCAUUUACGGAGUCAAACGGCAAGCACGCUCCUUCACCCCGCCACCAUCGAAACACGACGUCCUUGGAGCCGGUUGCUCCGGUGUCCCCAAUGCCGCAGCCGACGCCUCCAUUGGACGUUAAGGACGAUGGUCCUUUAGUGACCCCAGCGCCUCAACACGACUCCGGCGAGAACAGGGUCUUGACUCCUCCUCCAGACCAAGAACCGCGAUCAAUGCCCUCUCCUGCUCCUUUUGGGGAGGCCCUGCAUGAAAUCAACGUCUACUUGGACAGCACGGUUGAUUCCGGCAAUUCGAGCCUAGCGACCCUGCCUGAAGAUAACUCUGGCUUACAGAAGAGGCACAACCGGGUGGACAAUAACGGGGAAGUGACCUCAGCAGAACAGAGGGACGAAAAGCCGACGGCGGAAGAUGACCUCAAGGCCGAUGUCGCGGAGCCGUGGCACGAGGAGGAGCCAGGGCCAAAAUCAACUCCGCCCCUCGAGGAGCAUGAACGGCCUCCCGACGACGAUUUUGAUUUCCAUCACCCCAGUGCGCGGAUGCAAGAUGAUCAGGGUGUGAUACCCAAGGCCGCCCAGUCAAGAGUUGUGGCUUCUGAAGAACCGUUAGACAGGAACGAGACGCGAGGCGCCGAAAUGCACAUGCGUGUUCCUCAGCUCGAGGCGGGGGUGGUGUACCCUGACGUCCAGCAACAACACCUCCACGACGGCCAGGUCCCUCGGUUCCCCAGGUUGGAAGCAAGGGAUGGCUUGCCCGCGCGGCCGGCGCCUUCUUUCAGGCAGCGGCCCAAGGGCCAGUAUCACCCGGACGCCUACUCCGUUCCCGCCAGGCCGGAGCGAGACAUACACCGCACGCUUGAUAUACAUCGCUCGCCCGAACAACGGUACCCGACGGCCAGGACCCGCAACGGCGCAGUCCCCUACCAUGUAUACGCACCCAUGCGGAUGAUGGCGGUUCGUGGCGAACCUCUCGAGGUUGCAGUGGGCGAGUUUAGCAAUUCACGCGGUCCUGAGCCGUCGCCUAAACGUCAGGGUCUUCUUGCACGACUAUUCGGGUGGAAGCCCAGGAGACGCAGGACCGAGGUGGAAGAGACUGGUAGGAAUCCGUACAGCGAGGCGCACUCUACGCCACCGAAACGGCGGGGACUGCUCGGACUCUUAUUCAACCCCCACCGGCUAUCCAAGACGGAAGACCGGGACACGGACAACGGCACAUAUCGAAGUCACCAGCUGGAAACGGCGCCCAAUCGCCGCGACAUCACAGCCAGAACCCUCCAGAAGAAACACAGACCACAGCCCAGCCGGGAUGGCUACGCCAACCCCGACCUCCGCGCACCGCACGAAACACCCACCAAGCCACAAGGCUUCCUCGCCUCUGUAUUCAGCAGCUUCCGCCCGAAGCGCAACACCCGUCCCCAACCCUCCAACUCCUUUCUCUCCCGCCUUCUCGCCCCCUUCCGCCGCACCACCCGCCAGCCGAGCGACAUCGAACUCGGCGCGCUGGACAGCCACCACCAUCGCUACCACCACCACAACAACAAGAACAACAACCCUCUCGGCCUAGGCCGUGUACACAUCAGCAGCCCGCAAUUCAUUUACCACAGACCCGGCCUGCCCCAGUAUGCUCCCGCUGUUGCUGCUCCCGCUGUUACUACUACUACUACCGCCCCGGGAUGGACUGCAGGCCGAGACAACAACAACAGCGUCUGGCCCACCCUCCCCGAGCAGCAGCGAGGGGGCAGGCCUCAAGCUCAAGCUCCGGGGCAGGGCCAGCGGAAAGCUGGUGGGAGUGAUCUGCGUCGAGACAGGGAGUCUCGGUCGAGAGUCGGCAUGGGGAUGGGGAUUGGGACGGGCUUGGGCAUGGGCUGGUACCGGCAGGGAAGCUUUGGCGAUGCCGCUGCGGGGUCGGGUGCCGGUGGUGCAGUAUGUCAUUAUGGGGCCACCAUUCAGGUCGCGCUCUGGUCGACAGGGAAGCUGGGGAACUGGGGCACGCUGCUGUGGAACCCAAAAUUCGAGUGGAUGAUCUCGCUGUACUUCCGGAAGAGAAAAAGAAGGCGGAAUGCGGGCAGGGAAUGCCGAAGCCUCGGACGCCUGCACUACGGCGCCAUCCUAGCUCCUCCUGCUUUUCGCCUAGAAGAAUGGAAGUGGAAGGAAAAGAGGCCUGACGAUAACCAGAGCAGAACAGCGCUGGAAUACGCAGUCAGACAUGACUGCGCCUAA